CGGCAUACAAACGUGAAAUAAACUUCAACAAAUUGUUGUUGCUUGCCGAUUAGCUCGAAAAAUUCAAAAUAAAAAUAAUACAACAAAGUGCCGAUUGCUAAGUACUUCAGUUUGUGUUUGCCUCAUAAUAAAUGUGGUCGUGAAUGCAAGGGUUUUUGAAAAGGAAUAAAAAAAAAGUUAAGAAACAUACAUAUACUAGAAUAAUAGCCAACGAGAUCUGCACGCACUCGCACACACAGACACACACACAAACACACACAUUGCACACACACUAACAUGAACAAUCAACUAACCCCGGCCACCUACCGCAAAUUCAAUAAUUUGCUCAGCAGCGGCGCGGUCACCGUCACCGGUCCCGGCCAGCCGCGCAUAUUGAAAACAACGCGUCUGGCGACACCUGGAGGCGGCAGCUCGAACGUGAGCACCGCAUCGCAGCAGCAGCAGCAGCAGAACAUCAUGGACUCGGAGGCGGCAGCACGUUGUUACAUCUGCGAUGAGCCGCUGCUGGUUAAUCAGACGCAGACGUCGCUGACGGAGAUGUGCACCACGCACACCUCCACCAAAUUUCCAAACAAGCUGGCCCAGCUGGUGGGCGAGGGCUUCUUGGUGAUUGUCUGCAACGAGGAUUUCGUUUGCUCGCGCUGCACCAAUCUGGUCAACUACUACGAUCGUCUCGAGAAUGAUGUGGAGCGCGUCAAGACCAAUUUGCUGAACUUGCUGAACAAAAAGUAUGGCAUCAACGAGGACAGCGGUGGUAGCAGCCAUGCGGACGCAGCCAGUCCGCCGCUCAAGAUGCAAAAGCUGUCCGGCGGCGCGGGUAAUCGCUCCUUGGAGGAGGCCGCCGGCGGGGACUUGCUGCGCACACGCAAGCUGGUGCAGCAGACAACGCCAGUCUCGCAGCAGCUGAAGCUGGCCACGCCACAGGGCGGCGCCGUGGCUGGCACACAGACGCAGGUGCAGCGCAAGGCAACCAAGAUUUACAAGUGCACCUCGUGCGAUUACAAGACCUCGGACAUGCGUCUGUUCAAUACGCACUACGAGACAUGCAAACAGCAGACGUUCCAGUGCAAGACCUGCCGCAAGAUCUUCCCGCACUUUGGCGCCAUGAAGCAGCAUAUGGUCAGGGAUCACAACACCGCCAUGGACAACACCUGCGCCAUGUGCCACAUCAAUUUCGUGAACGAGGCCAGCCUGCGCAAGCACAUGGAAACCAAUCAUGCGACAAAUGUGCUGGUCACCAGCACCACAACAAUUCCGGCUGCUGCUGCGCCGGUUACAGCGGCCGCUGCUGCUGCAGCCGCCGCUGCUGCAGCCGGUGUUACCGAGACGAUCGGUGCCUCCGGCUCGGCUCUAUAUACAUGCAAUCACUGUCAGCUAAAGUCGACCGACAAGGCCGUCUUCGAUGAGCACAUGCGCAAACAUGUCAGCGGCAAGCCGAAGCCGUUCAAAUGUCGCCUCUGCUCGCAGCGUUUCGAGACCCGCGAGGCGGCCACUGUGCACGCCAAGCAGCAUCAGACGAACUACUUCAAGUGCGGCCAGUGCUCGAUGAGUUUCCCCAAACGCGAACUGCUGGUCAAGCAUGCCGAGCUCCAUCAGAGCGAGAAGCUGGCUGCCUCCAGCGGUGGCAGCCAGAACUUGAACACACAGAAGCUGCUCCAGGAGACCAUUGACGAGGCGCUCAGCGAUAGCGUGCCGGCCCAGGCAGGCGGCACUGUUGUGGCCACCGCAGCUGAGGCUGAGAAUAAUAUACGCUUCUUCUCGUGCAGCAUCUGCUCGCUGACCUUCAUCCAGGAGACGUACUACAAUCACCACAUGGAGACACACAGGCGCGACAAGAAGAGCGCAGCUGCUGGCGGUGGCGGCAACACAGCGCUCAAUUCGGCAGCCACGGCGCUGCUCAGCGAUGAGCCGGGCGAGUCGGGCGUCGGCGUCAAGGAGGAGUCCCACGAGCAGAGCGCCGAGGCGGACAUCGAGAGUCUAUUCGAGAAGUUGCAUUCGGAGAAGUCAGAUACGGAGAAGGGCGGCAAGAAUGAAAUGGUCAUCACCUCACAGGAGGGCAGCGGUGGCAUAACCUUCAACAUAACCAUACCACAAGUAGAUGCCAGUGGCGAGCAGGUCGAGAAGAACUCGCCCAAUUCGCAGGCGCCCGUUUCGGUUAGCAUUGACAUGCCUGUACUGGAUCAGGCCGAAGAAGAGGAGUCUCAAUCCCAAAGCAGCAACGACAACAAACACACCGAGUCCAGAGACGGCGGCAAGUCCAACGCGGCGCCGGUCUCCAUGCCCAGCCUGGACGAUGACAAUGAGGCAGCUGCAGCCAACGCAGCGGACACAACAGAUGGCAAUGCAGCCAGUAGCAAGGCCAGCGAGAAAGCCAACACCAAGGCAGACCAAGCAGCAGCCAAGGAGAAGGCCAAAGAGGCUGCCGACGAAGCUGGCGAGGCGGAGGGCGAAGUUGAGAAACGUGAGGCCACAGACACGCCGACGGCUGAGCAAGCAGCCGAAUCAGAGGCAGCCGCUAACGAAGCUGCCGAGGCCGAGGCAGCAGCAAGUGCCGAGGGUGAGGCAGCCGGCGGUGAACAACAGGUGGCCAUGGAACUGGACGAAGCCAUGCAGGCCCAAGUCGAUGGCGGACAGAUCAAGUUCAUUGUCAAUGAGAAUGGGCAUCUGUUGCAGCUGGACAACCACAUACUGACCGAUGCCGACGGUAAUCAGAUUAUUGUGCAAGAUCCGGAGCAAAUACAGCAGCUGCUGCAAAGCGUCGGUGUGCUGCAGUCCGGCGAGGGACUCGAGGGCGAGACGCUGCAAAUGAUGACCGAUGGCAGUGGCCAGAUGGUGCUCGUCCAUGGCGACAACAAUGAGCAGCAGCUGAUCGAUGCCUCGCUGCUCAAUUCCGAGGGACAAAUCAUAAUACAGCAGGGCCAGGAUGGCGAGGAGGGGCCGCACGUCAUUAGCGAGGAUGGCACACGCAUACCAGUCUCCGUAUCCUACACCGAAGACGGCCAGCCCAUUGUGCAAGUCCAGCAGCAAGUGCUGGAGGCAGCCCAGGCGGGUGCCGAGGAGAAGGAAGCGGCAGAGGCCGCCCAAGAGGAGGCCGCCGAAGAGGCCCAAACCAGCGAAACUGUCACAGUGACCACGGCAGCCGCUGCGGUGACCACCAGCACGGCCAGCAGUAGCACUGGCGGCACAGCCGGCUUCUUUGCGCUGGAAGAGUUUGCAGAGACGAAAACGGACUAGGACUGGCCCUAGGAGCGGGGCCGUCAACACAACACAAUUCUGGCAAUCGAUGAGGACUGGUUUUAAUAGAUUUAUAGACCAAACAGUAGCUACACUGGGCUCUGGACAAACUCUCGGCACAACAUCCGAAAUACACAAGCACAUCCGCAUUUUAUAUACACACAAAAGCACACAUUCACACUCACACACACACACAUCAAACAAACAAGCUUAUGUAUUAACACUCCAGUUGACAACAAAAACAACAGAUUUGCAAACGUGAUCGAAGCACUUCACAAUUGCUGCCAACGAUCAUAUUUGGGCCCUGGCAUCUGGAUUGGCAAUUGUUCUGGACUUGGCGGAACGUGUUAGGCUUAGUUUUAGCAUAGGCAAACCACAAAAAGAAUAAACUAUACAAUGUAAAAAAACAAAAACAAAAGAAAAAAAAAACCAACAGUUCAUAGAUGAUUACAA